UCUUGAGCUCCUCUUCGCACGACCUCUCGCGAGAGCCGUGACGUCACGGCUAAUGGCAGCAGCGGAUGUCCGCAGAACCACUUCACCAGAGAGCCGGAAGCUGGGGCACACAUUCUCAGGAUCACUUACUCCACUGAGACAGCAGCGAUGACUCAUGUCACCGGCCACGGGAAGCUGCUCCUGCAGCGUCUUCACCAGCAGCGGGAGAUGGACUUCCUGUGUGACAUCACCAUCAUGGUGAGAGAAGUGGAGUUCAGAGCUCACCGCAACAUCCUGGCUGCGUUCAGCAAGUACUUCUCCUCCCAGGCUGCCAAAGGUCAAGAUGUCACGACCUUGGACCCUGACAAGGUCAGCCGCUACGCGCUGGAGAAGCUGUUGGAGUUUAUCUACACUGGACAGAUGAACCUCAGCAGCACCAGACAAGCAGCCGUGAGACAAGCUGCUGGCUUCCUGGGAAUGCCCGAGGCCAUAAAGUAUCUGGAGGAAACGCCCAACUGGUCCGAGCUGGGCGAAACGUCCCAAUCAGAGGCAGAUAAAGAAACUGGUCUCUCUCCUCCCAGUCCAGGCUCUCCUGGAAGCCCCAGCUCCCCAGUUCCCCUGUCAAUCGUCUCCACUACAGGGGGGUGGGAUGAGGCGGGGAAGAACGGCAAAGAGCCGGAUGAGGAGGCAAAACAUUUGGACGAGGAAGAGAGAAACAAAAGUGAUGAAGAGUACACUCCCAAGGCCGCGGGACGUGGACAGGGCCGGAAGAGAGGACGCCCCAAGCGCCUCAGUGGAGAGCAGACGGAGGCCAGCAGCUCGGCUGAUGGAGCCCCCAAAACCCAGAGCUACAGAGGGAGAGGCCGGGGGAGGGGGAGAGGAAGAGGAAGGGGACGUGGGAGGGGGAGAGGAAGAGGAGUUUCUUCAAGAGAAGAUGCGUCUAUGGAAGAUUCUGACACGAGUGUGAAGGACUUUGGAGACAUGUCCGCGGACUGGAGCCCCUCACAGGACGAGGAGUGUCCGACCAAGAAGCCUCGACUGAGCAGCGGCGAGGGGCGGGGCCGCGGGAGGGGGCGGGGCAGAGGGAGGGGCAGGGGCCGCGGCAGGAGGAGGGUUGUGAAGGUGGAGGAGGAGGAAGAGGAGGAGGAGGAGGAGGAUGAUGAAGAGGAGAGUGGCUCGCUGGGAGCUGAUGAUGACAAUGAUGACUUUGGUGAUGAGGAAGGUGAGCUCGGGGAUCAGGAUCCGUCAGAAACAGACGAGAUGAUGCUGUCGUGCACCGAGUGCAACAAACUGUUCAAAGACGCCAGCAGCCUGCACCGGCACGAGAAGAUCCACAAGGGCCUGAAGCCCUUCGUCUGCAUCUUCUGCUCCAAGAAGUUCAGACAGGCCACACAGCUGAAGACCCACCUGCGCAUCCACACAGGUGAGAAGCCGUUCAACUGCUCUGAAUGUGACAAGUGCUUUGCUCAGAAGUGUCAGCUGGUGGCUCAUCGCCGGAUGCACCACGGGGAGGAGAAGCCGUUCACCUGCGAGCGCUGCGGCUUCAAGUUCGCCACGUCGUCCAACUACAAGAUCCACAUCAGACUGCACAGCGGGGAGAAACCCUACGUGUGCGACAUCUGUGGUCAGGCCUUCGCUCAGUCCAGCACGCUGACCUAUCACAAGCGCCGCCACACGGGAGAGAAGCCGUACCAGUGUGACCGCUGUGGCAUGUCCUUCUCCGUGUCCUCGUCCCUCAUCUCACACGCCAGGAAACACACCGGUGAGACGCCGUACAAAUGUCCGACGCCAAAGUGUGACGCCCGCUUUGCCACGUCUUCUGACUUAAAGAAACACAUGAGACGACAUCACCCGGAGGGGAGCAGCGGCGUGCAGUGUCUUCUGUGUGGAAACCGGUUUGCCAGCGUGAAGAACAUGAUCAAGCACCAGGAGAAGGCUCACGCUGAUGAAGUGCGGCAACACAAGGAGAGAGCCAGAGCUGUCGUCCUCCUGGCCUCCAGUCACCCGAUGGCCUUCGUCCAGAACAAACUCUCCCAGGAGAACAAAAGCUUGGCGUCCAUAUCUGAAGGAGAGCCGACCAACCCUGAGCCCCCCACCCCCAGCCCCAAAGCCCCGCCUCCCCCCACAGAGGCCCCCGGCACCACCGAGUCGGACGACAUCAUCCAGAGCUUGAAGGCGGAGCCGGCCGACCUCCCCAUCGCCAGCGCCUCCGACCAGGUGACCUUCGACGCCGACCAGGAGCAGACCAUCAACUCGGACACCCUCCACGCUCUGGUGGAGCAGCUGCGGCCCCCACCCUCCCCCGCCCAGAGUCUGGAGCAGAUCGUCAUCAUCAGGACGGUGGACACUGAGAACACCCCCCCCCAGCAGUGAGGCCCGGUCGGAGCUCACUGAGGGAACGUUUCUCUUUUUAACACCAAGCGUCUGUGUCCGGGCUCCAGUUCAGUGUUAUAUCAAACCGGCUUCAACCGGCUGGAUCAUAGGGGAGUGAAGGAGAAAAGUGGGUUUAACAACUCGGGUCUUAUUUUAUAGUUUUGUUCAUCGUCUCGUCUCGGUCAGGAAACAAAUCUAACUUGAAAGGAAACUGGGAUUUUGGAACAUGAUAGAAUCCAGAAAAACGAUCAGGAUGUAAAAAUUAAAUCUGUUUCAAACAAACUUCGUGUUAAUCCUGGUCUACGUUCAACUUCCUGAGCUGCAGGUGUGGGCGGAGUUUCCUGGUUCAGUGUCGGAUUAGAGCAGAUUUAUAAUAAAGUGGUUUAAUUAAUCUGGAUAAA